CAAUACAUAUUUGACAAUAUUAAUUAUUGGAGAGGAAGCUGCUCUUUCAACACGAUAAUGCCAGUUGUCCGAGGAUGGUAUACCUACAGCUUUGCUAUAAAUCCACCCCAACCAAAUUUUUUCGCAGGAACCAUUGAAGUAGUGCCUCCAGGAGAACCUCACCACGAUUGUCCAGAAGUUGUAAAUGAACAAUCUACAGUCAGCUGCAAAUGCACCUCCUUAAACCCAGGAACGCCACCAGCGGAAAUUGUUUGGGAUGGAAUGUUUGAUAAUAGUAAUACUUUACUUAUUCAAACUGUGGAACAGCAAAGUACAGUCAACAGUUAUACAUGUCGACUGACAUGGGGUCCAAAAGGAUUUAUCAACCGAACAGUUGUUUAUACCUUUAAAAUAGUAGGUCCUGUCACUUCUGGUACCACAGACACUGUCAUAUCUGGCACCACAGCCACUGUCAUCUCUGGCACCACAGGCACUCUCAUCUCUGGCACCACAGGCACUGCCACUUCUGGAACGACAGGCACUGUCAUAUCUGGCACCACAGGUCCUGUCACUUCUGGCACAAUAGGCACUGUCAUCUCUGGGACCACAGGUACUGCCACUCCUGGAACUACAGGUACUGCCACUUCUGGCACAACAGCCACUGUCAUAUCUGGCACCAAAGAAAACAAACCUAGUGCUGGGUCGGCAGUUCUAAUAGGAACAACUGUGGGUGUUCUUGCUGCUCUGGUUAUUAUCAUUUUCAUUAUAUUGAUGAUCAUACGUCUAAAAUGUCCAGUAUACUGCAAGGCGAAAAGGCCUUUUAGCGAAGAACACACUUACGACGACAUCGCAGAUGUUGAACAAAGUCCACACUAUGACAGACUCACAAGACAAGAGACAGGUGAACAUCACUACGAGACUGCUGCCAAUGGAGGCGGGAAUUGUUCUCAAACUGCAGAUGGAGUGUUUGUUGUACCUGCAACAUAUUUGACAGUUUGCAGUCCUGAGAGAUAGCACAUGGCUGCUCUACACAGCCACAGUACAUAUGCCUGACAACUUUUGUAUGUUCUUAAGGAAAUAAAAGUUUUCUUGAUUCUUUCUGUGUUUAU